AUGACGAAAAGUGAGGCAAGCACUGCCAUUAGACCUGUCACGGCUCCAGUAAGUACAGUGGUGCCGGCGGUGCCGGCGGUGCCAUCGGUGACAGCGACUGCAUCCACUGCGUCCACUUUCGAUACGUCCAAGUUCUAUGAACUGCUCCAGCCAUCAUCUUUGACUCCCCAGUCACCUAAAUGGUCUAGAUUUAAGUCUGCAUUACCGUCUCCUUCAUCCUCGUCACAGAGUCUCCCUGGAGGUGCGUUUUUACAUUCGUCUCUGCGGAUCGGCCGCAAUUCUGUUCACCCCAUUUCUGGUUCAGGCAGUAACGGCGAUAACAAUGCAUGGCCCGCUCUUAAGUCCAUCGACGGUGAUGUUAUGAUCACACCAUCUUCCAAUUUCACUCGUAAACUGAACAGAUUCAAUUUUCAAGGCGUCACUAGAUCCAUGGACGAUAUGGCAAUUGGUGAUGUUAAAAGAAGCUUUGCGAAUGUUACGGGAGCUGCGUCUGUUGUGUCCGCUCCUACUGUUGCUCCUGUUGUUGCUCCUGUUGUUGCUCCUGUUGUUGCUCCUGUUGUUGCUCCUGUUGUUGCUCCUACCGUUGCUCCUACCGUUGCUCCUAUUGUCGCUCCCGCUUCUCUUGCCUCCUCGCCAGUUCUAUGGGCCACUGUGCCCUCCUCUGGUGAAGACACUCCUAGCGGUGUCUUUCGAAGCACUUCUCGGUUCUUUCCAAGUCCGUUUUCAGACCAGCGAUCUGCAUUUACCGCCAAUUUAGACGACAGAGAAGAUGUCAACGCGUACCAGAAUCGAUCAAGUAGCAUGAAUGGCAAUACGAACCCUAUUGGUAGGGUCAAUAACGAUUCUUUUUACUCUUCAACUUCGUCACCAAUGAUGAAUUUUGGCUUCUAUUCGUCAACAAUGGAUACCCCUGGUAGAUCCAACACCUCGAUGCUGGAUGAAUUCAGUCUUGAACCAUCCAUUCAACCGUCACUACAGUCUGCUCAUCAGGCUGCAGCUAAUGUGUUAAAUGAAUCUCCUUCACCAUCGCCCACUAAGGCAAAAAAAGCUGCUAAGGAUCCAAUAAUAGAUAAAGAAGAACUAAAGAUGUUUGAGAGCGAGAGAAAGCAUCCGCAUCUGUUCCAAGCGACAACUCAACAGUAUGACAGAACGAAUUGUGAAAUGAUCGAGAAUGCUCUAGAUACCCCCCUUUCUCUUCCUACUCUUAAACUGAAGUCGUCUAGUUUUGAGACAUCUUCUCACAAUAGAGUUACACGUUACAUUAGAACAAUAAUCACACGACAGCCUACACAGUACAUGAUAUAUAUAGCAUCUCUUCCUUAUGACACACCAUUUUCGCAGUGUCACAGCUUGAUUCGACAAGCGUUUAAGAAUUUUGGAGAAAUAACACACAUGGUGAAGGAUGAACAUGGGAAAUUGUCAAAGGUUUCGCCAGAAAAUGAUAUAUUUAUACGUUUCCGGAUCGUGGUGAAGCUGUUCAGCGAGCAGAAGCUCCCAUACAAAUCGCAUCGGUUCUUUAAUGAAGUUACAGGCCGGGACUCGAAGAUGUUGCUUUUCUUUGACUGUUCGUCCUCUUCACCAACUGGACAUUUGGAUCAAAGUAACGGUUAUGGAGGGGGGUACUCUAUACAGGAUGUCUCUUCCUAUCCUGAAGGUUUUGCCUCGACUUUCCAUAGAAGGGGAGUCAAUAACUUUAUGUUUGUUAGAGAACUUCAAAGUAAGAUGAUUAUCAAUAAGGUCAGGCUCAACAAUAAUGUUAACAUAGAAAGUGCCGAGUUUCGGGUAUCUCUUCCAAUUGAAGAGUUGAAUUUAGGAUUCAGUCACGAGGGACCUUCGAGAGCUUCCGAUGAUGAAUACAGGCGGUUUAAAAGAUCGUAUAUAGUGAGCAUUGACGUUCGGGAGUUGGAAAAUAAGCCGAUUAUUCGCUCUGGAGGCAAAUCUGAUGAUACAGGCAGCAAGAGAUAUCAUUAUGGACGAGGUAGCAGCAAUGCCGGGAGCAGCGGCAGAAAUUAUAACCGUUGA